GUUUAGUACUAGUAGUAGUACAGUAGGGGCUUCAGUCCAUUUCGCCAGUGAAUGAAUUACUUGUACCCUGGCGGCUGACCAAAACAUAAACGAUCCAAUUAAGUUCUCGCCCCGGCUGCGAAGGAAAGGCAUGGCACGUCCCUACUUCCCGGCCAUCGUCCUGCUGCUAGCAACGACCAUAUCUCUCUUGACUCGUGCAGAGAGCAAGCUUGCAAGCGACGAAGCCGCCUCGCCCACUGCGUCAAUCCAUUGUGGUGAAGUGAAGGGUACAAUGGAGGAGGGUGCAGCUGUCUUCAAGGGAAUACCAUAUGGCAAGGCACCUACGGAUGAGAGGCGAUGGAAGCCCAGCUCUCUGCUGGACACAGCGGACGGCUCCUGUUGGAACGGAACAUGGGAUGCAGCGGAGUACGGCAGCGAGUGCAUGCAAAUGAACGGUGGACCAGUGGGCAGCGAGGAUUGUCUAUUUAUCAAUGUGAUCACGUACAACCUACAGACGGCAUCGGCAUCGGCGACACAGAGAACUGUGCCCGGCAGCAGCAGCAGCAGCAACGUCACUACCGGUUUGCUGCCUGUUCUAGUGUGGAUCCAUGGAGGUGGUGAGAUGUCGGGAUCAGGUGGUGAUGCAGGCUAUACCCCCACCCCUGUAUUUGCUAGGAAUACUGGCGUUGUUGCCGUAAGUCUCAACUACAGGCUGAAUGUGUUCGGUUUCCUGUCCCUGGAUGUACUGAACGAAGGAAACGGGUCUGGAAAUUACGGCUUCUACGACCAAAUCCUGGGCUUGUCGUGGGUACAGCAAAACAUUGAAGCAUUUGGUGGUGACAAAAGCCAGGUAACGAUCCUCGGGCAGAGCGGUGGUGGAACCAGUGUGGUUGCAAUCUUGUCAUCUCCGCUCGCGAACGGUCUGUUUCACAGGGCAGUGGUGAUGAGCGCCUCCACGACCAUCAAUGCUACAAUGGAAGAGGCCAACAAGGACAAUCAGGUGUUCCUCACGGGGACGGGCUGCAGCACGGCGGCAUGCCUGCGCAACACGUCCGCAGAGACGCUCAUGUACCUCAUCCCGUUCAACGUGUACCCGUACUGGAACGGCGGCGAUGCGUGGGACUUGCCGACGUACGGCGUGAUCGUGGGCAAGAUCCUGGUGGUGGACGGUGUUCUGAUACCGGAGCCAUCGCUGGACGUGAUAGCCCAGGGCAAAGUGAAUGACGUGCCCAUAGUGAUUGGAUCGGCGGGACAAGAAAACGACAUUGCGCCACCGGUGAAUGUGCGAUACUAUUCGUGGAAGCAGUACGAUGACUAUGUGCAGCAGCACAUGAACACAUUCAAGAAAGACCCGGCAAUCAACGGUACGAAUGUAUACCGCGCCGUCAGUCAACUGUACCCGCAUGAUAUGGCCACGCCGGACACCGGAGGGACGUGUGUCACCGGAACACCGGAGUAUUUGCUGACCAGCAUGACCUCGGACAUCCGUAUCACCUGUCCCACGCAUCUGCUCGCGCAGUUCUACGCGGCUCACUUCAAAUCGGACGUCUACAACUAUGCCGUGGUGCAGUGUCCCUCGGUGGGUGCACAGGAGGGCGGUGCACGUUACGCUUACCACACAUGGGGAUUGUAUGCAUUGUUUAACUUCACCUUUCCAGCUGACCCACGGUGGCAACCAGACACCCACGACUGGCAGUUAGUUACGGUGAUGCAGGCGUGGUUCAGUCGCUUUGCGCGUGGCCAGCCUCCUCAUCCAGACUGGAAGACGGCAGAGCACGGCACGUUCAAUUUGCUGUACAAACCGGUCAUGCGGGAUGUCUAUCACAAAGCGCAGUGCGACUUCUUCAACCAGCAUGACUUCAUUCCAUACAGAUGGCAGAACUGACCAUGCCGGGAAGUCAAUGAUCUUGCCCAGUUCCCAUGCAUGCAUGCAUGCGCCUUGUUCUUGUUUCACUGCCCAUCAUCUAGAUGAACAUAAUUGUAUAACAAGAGUAGAAUCUUAUUGUGUAGUGUCACUGUGUCUCACAUUAUUGCCUGCUUACUCUCUGGAUAGGCGAAAGGGCAACGUUACGGCCGUGCCUUUACUUCUUUGAUGGUCACAGUAAUGAUUGCGCUGCCCAGAGUUGAUGCCAUUGCGACGUCAGUCUACAGGCAAGUACUGACUGUGUGGGUUUA